GAAAAAAUAACUUCUCCAACCAGAGGAAAGUAACUGGCAACUGCACUUUUGCAGCUAAACUAGAGCCUUGAAAGUUUCUCUGAAGAAUCUAAAAAGGCCAGCUGGAUCGAAUAAUAAAUUGCGGAUCUGUGUUUGAGACUCCAUAACAACUCUGAUACAGAAAGACACUCUUGCCAUUUUCUUCUCUAACGAGGCACUUUGCAAAAGAUCAAGAUUUACCUCUCUCAAGGUAUUGACAUAAUAUUUUCCUUGACAACCAAUUAGUCUUUGUUAAAUGUCAGACUAGUCAUACUUUCAUUAAAUCGAAUAGAUAAAAAUAUGAGUAAAAAAGCACCAAAAGUUAAUUAUCCCAAAAAGAAACCUCGAAUAAAUAUCGAUGAUUUUGGUGACACAUCAGAACCAGAGAGACAUUCUUUGUAUCAAACUUUGCUGGAUAAUUUGAAGCUUUAUGGAAGGGCUACCUUUUUGCAUCGAAUCAUAUAUGUUGGGAACCACGAUUUUCCAAAUUACGACGAAUGCAGAGUCUCAUUUCAUUCUAUAAUCACGAAAUGCAAUGAAGGAUACUGUAUCGAAACACUAUCCGGAUUUUUGUUGUUUUAUCCACGCUAUUUUGUGCACAUGGUAGAGGGUGAUGAAGAUAGCCUCAACAAACACAUCGGAGUGCUUAUAGAUCCAAAUUCAAGCUAUUUCCAAUAUUUGGGCCAAAUUAAAUUAUUGUUACACGCUUCAAACAUAAAUCAGCGAUUCCUUGAAGAUUGGAUGUCAAUAACAGGCAUCCCAGCCAAAUUGUUAGAAAAAUUAGAUUUAAACUCAGACUUUGAACAAUCUGGUCGGCACGUUUAUAAUUGCAUUAAAAAAAUGUAUUCGUUAAUUAGCGUCAACGUUGAGGAUUUUGGCCAACCAACUACUCAUGUCGCUACGGAAAAAAAACUUGAAGUGACUGCCGCUAGUCGAAUGUCCGCACUUAGUUUGAGCUCCCGUGAGGGCUCCUCACGUACACAAGAUACUGUGGAUUCUGCAUUUCUUCAAGUAAUCCCAUCAACAACUCUGUCAGAUCGAAGUGCGGGAGCCGCAAAAGAAUUCAAAAGUUUUCUUCCCGAAUACGAACUUUUAGAUUUCAUAAUCGAAUCCAGUUUCACAAUGCCAUUGAAAGAGUAUUAUGAAUACUACAAUUUCGUACCAAUGAGAGAUAUUUAUAAAGACAAGGUUUGGCCAGUACCUCACGAUUUUAUUCCUUACGAUGUCUUUGAAAAACCUUACGACUGUCCACUGGAACUACCAAAAGGAUUAAGACAACCCCGCCAUCAGCAACGCCAAAAUACAGCUGCGCAAAGUGUCGGACAGACUUUGAUUGAAUCAGGAGACGAAUCAGAAAAGGUAAAAGAACAAGGAGAAGAAAUCAACCAAGCUUCAGAGCUUUUAGAAGAUCUGAAAAUUUCAGAACCUCGAGAAGACAGUGUAGUAAUUUAAUUUUUGUAUCUGUAUUAAUACACAAUAAUUACAAAACAAUUAUUCACAUACAUAUAUAAUUUGCUUAUGAAGUUUAUAUGUCUUUCCA